AUGUCUUUGCGCGGGCCCAUGCGGCGGUCGCACCUGAGGCAAGUGAGCGCGGCGAGCUUGGAGAGCAGCUCCACCCACUCACUGGAGGCUUCGAACUGUGACCACGACCACGACCACGACCACGACCAAGCCACAGAUGAUCGGACUGUCAGGUUGUCCUCAGCAAGCUGGGUACAGCACCAGUGUGCGCUGUGGGUGCACGAUGAGACGUUCUCACGGGAAGAGAUUUUAUUGAAUCCAUCGGCUUUUGGCGAAACCGAAGUCCAAGUUGGGGAUGUUGUCGAGAUCCUACCCAUGCGGGGAUCUGGCGAUUCUUGCUAUUCUACCCUAAAGCCCGAGGGAGCUUCUAAAGCUGUUCGCGAGACUCAUGCCGAACUCAACUCGGCCUCUCAAGCGGAUAGCACCUCCAAAUUCAAGACUCCUCUGCAGAGCCGUUGUUUAUUCGUGGUAAAAGCCUUACCACCAGAAACUAAGGCUCGAAAUCCCCAAUUAGAAAUUUCAGUGACAAACAACAUUGCCAACAUCUUUGGUUUCAAGAACCGAACGCAAGUUCGAUUAUCAAUUGUGGACCGAGACCAAUGUGCAGCGUCACAUGUCGACAUCGCUUUUCGUGAUCAAUACAUGGUCCGAUCGGACAUGUGGAGACUAGUCAUGUCGGAGUUAUCGGAUAAAAUAAUAUACAAAGGACAAAAGAUUAUGUUUAUGGGGAGCAUCAAAGCUACUGUCAAGAACAUCUUUAUCCGAGAGAAGAAGUGCCUCUCGGGAUAUUUCUCGCCACAGACAAUCCCCAUUUUCCGAAGCGAGUCCGCGAAAUAUGUUCUAUUCAUCCAAAUGUCGAAAGAAAUGUGGGACUUUGACUCGGAGGGGACUGGUGACAUCCUCUUCAGCCGGGUUAUCAACGGUUUCCUACCAGAGCUCUUCAAGAGAUGGGCCAAUUCAGACGCAAAGCAUUUGGUGACCAUUGUGCUGUUCACUCGAGUCGAAUAUGAUAAGCCCACCAGUUCAAGCCAGCCUAAUCUCAGCGCUGGGAAUUUGAACAACAAAUCCCGACCAAAAAAAGGUCCGACUCGAGACUUUUAUCGUGUGGUAGUAAAUGACAUGGCAAGCGGCCAUUGGACAACCAUUUUAGACGAGUUGAAAAGGGAAUUUAGGACCUUUUUGCGAGAUGUGUCAAUCCUGAAACCGGACGACCUAGACGUUGUAUCCGGCAGUGGCAUCAAGAGCUCUCACAAACCAAACAUGGCCACCAUUGCCGGGCACCCAAGUUCAGCUCUACGAGGAAACAUCCUAGAGGCCAUCCAUCUCGCCUCUGCACACCUAGCUUUCGACCAUAUCGAUCGAGACAUGGUCCACACUGGCACCUCGAUCAUUGUUAUCACCCCCGGUAGCGGUGUUUUCGAAGUCUCUUAUGAAUCCUUGGCUUCUACAACAGAAGCCCUUGCGAACCGAGGCAUAGCAAUUGAUUUGGUCUGUUUGAGUCCGAUGCCUCUUCAUUCUGUGCCACUCUUCAAAUACCGGGAGCCAGUGGAGCAACAGUCUGGGAAUUUGGGAGGGGCUGGAUUCAGCGGAGUCAACAGGGAUAAGAUGUCUCCUGAGAUACACCAUUCCCUUUCAAGUGUUGUUAGCAGAUCAUCAUAUCUUUCUCCAAGCUCAUACUUGUCUGCAAUUAGAACGAGGGAACGGGCAACACCUCAAGCCAAAGACUGGAGCUAUGGUAUCCCUCAUUGGCUUGAUAUAUCCUACUGGAACCCUGAAACAUACCGAGAGGCCCGCCGAAUCUUGAAAAAAGACCCAAAUGCACCUAUCUCUCUUACCGUCACUCGUCCAUCAAAGGCGUUCACGCCACGGGUGCGCAUGUAUGAGAUCCAAAUGAUGGGAGUCAUGGAAAGUGAACAAGCAAACAUCACAAUUCCCUACCUUACUGAAGGGCGCGGUGGAACAAGACCUCGUGGAUCCUGGCCCGGUUACAGUCCAGCUAACAAUGCUCCUUCUAAACCCCGUUUCGCGAAUCCUUCAUCUUUAAAGGGACAACUUAGUGACAGUCUUCGCCCGGGAUCAUUUGUUCAUAGCGCAGCAGAGCAAAAUGAACUGCAAACUCGAGAUGCGCAGAGUUCACGCAAGGCAGUGAUGUCAUGGAUGGACCAAUAUGAUGAAAACCUUUUUGCUAUCUCUCCGAAACGACUCAAGGCUACGAAACCGCCCAAGGCAAAGCGACCCAGUGAAUCAGAAGUCCAGGCUGCUGGGGGCGGAGUGCAUGAACGGCUAUCUGCCCGCUCCAUCACGCGCCUCCGCCAUCACGAAACGAAUCCAGCAGACGAGAAUGAUUCUUUGCACUCUGGACCUCGAAGAAUUGACUCAAACAUGGCUACUCCAAGAAGCCCAAGCACGGGCAAGAAUAUCUCCCCCACAAAACCAGCGUUGAAAAAGACGCCGGCGCCAAUAGCUUCACGAAUUUCUCGGACGAUUAGCUUUGCGCUCCGAGGCUUGCUCGCAACCCCACCGAGAGCCAUGGCAAGCACGGGGGUCAAUAUAGAGCAUGCCAGUGCUAUGCCCAUGACAAACCAAAGAACCCAUGCCGGGUCAAUUUCUGACGCCAGGAGCGUCACUUCCUUGAGCCCGUCAGAAACAGCAUCGACUGCAUCAGUCUUCGAUGUAUUCUCGCCAUCUUCAACGCCCGUGAAGUCUUCUCAGACUCCUGCUAAGCCGAUUUCCAUCAAAAUGCCCUCCAAAAACCCAUCAAAGGAAUCCGAACCGCCAGAGCAAGCAGGCCCUCAUGGAUCAUUUUUGGUGAAAGCCCCAGUGAAUGACGCUGGUCGGGACUACGGUGAAGAUCAUCCGAAAAGUCAUAAAAUCGAAAUCACUCUCAAUAAUAGCCCGCGCGAAUUACAAGUGCGGAACUCUCCGAGUAAAGCUCUGUCUCCAUGGGUCCGAUCUGUCAACCCAUGCAAUACCCCUAAAGACGUGCUGCGCGAUACUAGUUGGUUUGGCCGUUGGCAACAUGCGUAUCCUCGCCCUCCACAUGUGGCUGUGGUAAAGUGGAAGAGUUUAAAGUCUCCCGCGGUGCUUCCUUUGACGACGGAAGAAUUCCCCACAGCCAGUGUGCUUGCUUCAGAAUAUCUACAGACACCAUAUCGUGUCUUCCCAAAUGAAGACUCCGAAGGCAUUGAAGCACCAAAGACCCGUGGGGUACUUUUACGAGAAAUGAUCUCGCUGCGGCUUUCUCAUGGUUUCCAAAUCAUUGUUGGAAAGCAUGUGGCCGACGUAUCUGCGCAGCCCGCCCUUGAAUCGCUAAACGUCUUCGAUUUCCGAGGUCUAGAGCGCGAUGGGCUCACUAUAUUUCUCUCCAAGGGCAACACAAUCCACCGACUUGUCUGCAUCCAAGGGGGAGAAGUUGAAGUGACCCGUUUUACGCAUCAAAACUCUGCAUUGAUGACUUCUCCAAAGAAGCCCACCCUUACUCUCUAUCAACCUGCGAUGAAAACAAUACUAAGCGCCGAAUAUGAAGUGAAGGAUGUCAAGCUUGAUCCAACCUCUCAAGAGUACAACUGGAACUAUGCCGAUAAUUAUGUGGCUGGUCAUCGAGAUUAUCUCCAAAACCCGGCACAGCAGCUGCACUUCUGGCGAGUCCGUUAUGUCUUGAUUCCGCUUCAACUUCAUGCCAAUUCUCGUCGAAAUUUGCAGGUUUCCCAUGAUGACACCGAGGAAGAAGUUCAUUUGCUGGGGAUCAGCCAUUUGACCCAUAUCUGGCAACGGUACAAAUACGUGUCACCGGAGGAAAAGCUUUUUGAGACAUCAAAUCCCAAGCGAGACCAGAAUCCUUUGAACAUCAUGUAUCAAACACGCAAUCCAUCGGAGAUCGUUACAGCAGAGCUGGACCGGUUGCUACUCACAGACCCAGGGCUCGACAACGCCCCUGCUCAGCUCUUGCCCGAGUCAGAACUGUUGGACAGAUCCAGCAUCAGUCUUAUGACGUUGGCGCAAAUCAUCCAGGGGGAAAAGGGAGUCCGGAUGAUGGACCGGCGAUGGCAUUGGAGGUUACACUACAACUGCUUCAUCGGGUUUGAAUUUACAACCUGGCUGUUGCAAAACAUACGUGAUAUCGAUACUCGUGAACAAGCAGUCAAGUUCGGUAACGAGUUGAUCGAUCAUGGCUUGUUCCAACACGUUGAGAAGAGACACAAUUUCCGCGAUGGCAACUAUUUCUAUCAAGUCUGUGCUGAUUACCGUGUCACUCGUCCAGAGUCUCGAGGAAGCUGGUUCCCUCAGCUUAGACCAGACAAAUCAAUGCCGUCGACACCCGCCAUCGGGACCGCCAAAGACUCUCCUGCCAGCCUCAAAGCUAGAUCGGAUAGCAUCGACGAGCGUAUGCCACAGACUCCUAACACUCCCUCCAAGGCGAAGAACAAGGUCGCCAUCAUGCUGUCCAAAUCCAUGAAAUUCGACGUUGAUCCGCGUAAGCGGUCGAAUCGGCCGGAAGUCAUUGACCUUCACUGGGAUCGACUACAUAACCCCGAAAAUUGCUUCCAUGUCGAGCUCAGCUGGAUGAGCACGACCCCCAAGUUGGUUGAAGACACCGUGCUUUCUUGGGCAUCGACUGCCGACAAAUUCGGGCUGAAAUUGGUACAGGUGCCGAUCGCCGAAGCUUGUGCUAUCAGCAAGACGCAGCCAUUCCGGAAACCCUACGAGAUCAAACUCCAGGUCCCACCACCCAAAGGACCACUGCACACAGUGUUCAACAAUGCAUCAUUUGCGCAACCUGGUCCACCGGAUCGCCUCUACUACCAGAAGGCUAUUUUGCGGAGGUUUGAUUUUGUACUAGACUUCGAAGCCUCCUCUGCAUUCCCAGCAGACGUUGAAGUUUACUACUCCUGGGGAAAGCCCGAUUACAUUUACCCGCAAUUUAUCCACCGAACGGGAAGCCUCCUCGCACAGAUCACGGACGAAGGCCAUUUCCUCCUCCUCGCGAAUCGGCUUGUGAGUACCCGCGCCACCACGAGUCGAGACGCCGGCCGAUUCGAGAAUCACAAUCGGUCCGAUUUCCGAGGCCGUGCCCCGAACCACGAUGGAAUUGACCGUGUCUCACCCCGGCUAUCUCCAAUAACCCGGCCCGUUCAUGAUACUGGCAGUAUCGGCAGCCCACUUACCCCAUCCGGAUCAGCAAGCAUCGACUUGGCAAACCUGUACCGCGCUCCGGAAAACAUUCUUAACGCCCUGGCCGAGUUCUGCGGCGAUGCAGCACAACUAGAGCAGUUCUACUUGGAGUCACAUGCUCGUCCAUCCUCCACGAAGGUGGAGUCGACUACCACAAACGUCGUAAUGGAUGCAUCGAUCCCGUCACUCGAGCUUCCUGCCAGCUUAGUCGGUCAUCAUAUCUCACCGCCGCCAGGAUUGCCAUCCCGGAUCACCCAUGAGUCGCGCGAGGGACUCAUGUCACCGGAAGUUACACGAGCCAGGGCUCGAAGGGACAGUCUCAGCUACAAUGCAAGCCCUAGGAGUGGCAGCUUACGACCCUUGAUCUAA